GGGGGUGUGGUUCAUUUUUGUAGGAGACCGAAACACAUGAGAAUUUUUUAAUUUUGAGUUUUGAGGUCCAUAAAUCAUGUCCAUACUAAAUAUUCGGCAAGUGUGCCCUUUGGCUCGGAUUGGUCUGCAAAGAAUCGCGACAGUAGAUUUCUCCACAACUUCAGCUCCAGUUCCCAAAGAAAAAGUUGAAAUCAGCCAAGUGGUCCAUAACAGAAAUCCAAGAAAUUUAGAACGACUCCGGAUUGCGUGGAAACCUCAAGGCUACCACUUAGAAGCCCCUGGAAGAAGCUACUGGCACAAGCUGGUGCUAACUUCGUCUUCUCGGUUUAUCUCGGCCAAAGUGGUGCAUUUCACCGGAAAAGUUGUUGUUGAGGCCUCAACUAAUGAGUGGUGUAUCAAGAAGCAUUUGUACAACACUAAAGAUGUAUCAGCGUACCAAAAUCUAGCAAAGGUUAUCGCGAGAAGAUGCUUGGAAUUUGGUCUAAUUGAAAUGGAAAGCGACUUCAAAGACGUAGAUCCAGAAACUAAGGUUGGAAAAUUUGCGAAAAUUAUCGAGGAGGAAGGCAUUACAUUGAGUGAACCGAAACGCUAUCUUCCUGCUUAUCCCUUCCAUCAAACGAGACCUGAAAAGCCCUGGGCGGUUACCGAAGAUUAGUGUCAUGAGUGUAGAUUUAAUUAAAAUGUUUGAAUCAA